AUGGCUGCCAAGCUACCGAACAAGAAGUGCGGUGUCCUGGGUGCGACUGGCUCUGUCGGCCAGCGCUUCAUCCUCCUGCUGCAGAACCACCCUUCCUUCACUCUGCAGGCCGUCGGCGCCUCCCCGCGCUCCGUCGGCAAGAAGUACCGUGAUGCCGUGAGGUGGAAGCAGUCCUCGCCCAUGGGCGCCGUCGGCGACCUCGUCGUCCGCGAGUGCAAGGCCAGCGAGUUCGGCGACUGCGACAUCGUCUUCAGCGGUCUCGACUCGGACGUCGCGCAAGAUACCGAGAUGGAGUUCCUCAAGGCCAACCUCGCCGUCUUCUCCAACGCGAAGAACUACCGCCGCGACCCUCUCGUGCCCCUCGUCGUCCCGACCGUCAACCUCCCUCACCUCGCCCUCAUCCCCCACCAGCGCAAGCAGCACGGCCUCGAGAAGGGCUUCCUCGUCUGCAACAGCAACUGCGCCGUCAUCGGCCUCGUCAUCCCCUUCGCCGCCCUCAAGGCCGCCUUUGGCGACAUCGAGUCCGUCUCCGUCGUCACCAUGCAGGCCGUCUCAGGCGCCGGCUACCCGGGCGUCAGCUCCAUGGACAUGAUCGACAACGUCGUGCCGUACAUCCCCAGCGAGGAGGACAAGCUCGAGACCGAGGCGCAGAAGAUCCUCGGCGGCGUCAACGCCGACGCCACGGCCUUUGAGGAGCUCAAGAGCAUGCGCGUCUCGGCCUCGUGCAACCGCGUCCCCGUCCUCGACGGCCACACCGCCUGCGUCAGCCUGCGCUUCGCCAAGCGCCCGCCCCCCUCGGCCGAGCAGGUCAAGGAGGCCAUGCGCAACUACACCUCCGAGGCGCAGACCCUGGGCUGCCCCUCGGCCCCACAGCCGUCCAUCCAGGUCUUUGACGAGCCCGACAGGCCGCAGCCCCGUCUCGACCGCGAGCUGUCGAGGGGUUAUACCGUCAGCGUGGGCAGGGUGCGCGAGGACGAGAGCGGCAUCUUUGAUCUCAAGUUUGUCGCGCUGAGCCACAACACUGUCAUUGGAGCUGCGGGAUCCUCAAUACUGAAUGCCGAAGCUGCGGUGCUCAAGGGUUACGUGUAG